UACAUUUCCCACAAUACAUCCGCGAACAACUGUGACAAAAGUAAACGACCAAGGUCCAAGUUGUUCCUUUCAGGGGGAAAAAAACGUACACAGAAGUGAGCUGUUAAUGUAGAUAUGCAUGGUUAGAAUAAAGAAAGGGCUUCGUGUUCACGUAGUUUUUUAACACAGAGGAGGUAAUACGUACCAGCAUUGCAGCAAAACUAGCUUGUUUUCCUCAACAGACAGACACCAGGAUGGCACAGCCAGAGAGAAAAGGAGAGUUGCUGCCUGAAGAUGUGGGAACAGACGACUGCCUGACUUCAUACACACACAUCUACAGUCCAGAUUUAUUGAAAGAUCAGGUUGCUUUGAUAACUGGAGGCGGUUCUGGAAUUGGAUUGCGUAUAGCUGAGAUCUUUAUGAGGCAUGGCUGUGACACUGUGAUUGCCAGCAGGAACUUAGAGAAGCUGAAAGAGGCAGCGAAAAAGCUGUCUGCUGCCUCAGGACGGCGCUGCCUGCCCUUGUGUUUGGACGUUAGGCAGCCGGACAGCAUCAAUGCUGCCGUGGAUGAGAUGCUGAAAGAGUUUGGUCGCGUAGACAUCCUGAUCAACAAUGCUGCAGGAAACUUCCUUUGCCCUGCUUCUGCACUGUCCUUCAACGCUUUCAAGACAGUUCUGGAGAUAGACACCAUGGGUACAUUCAACACAAGCAAGGUGGUUUAUGACAAGUGGUUCAAGGUUCAUGGUGGAAACAUAGUCAACAUCUCUGCGACGCUUCCGUACAGAGGACAAGCGCUCCAGGUGCAUGCAGGCUCUGCAAAGGCUGCAAAUGAUGCUAUGACCAAACAUCUGGCUGUUGAGUGGGGUCCUGAUGGAGUUAGAGUGAAUGCUGUGGCCCCGGGUCCAAUCUCUGGAACAGAAGGCUACCGCAAACUGGGUGGUCCCAAAGCGGAAGCUUCCGGUUCUUUUGACUCCAUUCCUUUGCAGCGAGCUGGCAACAAGACGGAGAUGGCCCACUGCACGCUCUUCUUGGCCAGCCGAGCGUCUUCAUACGUGACUGGCGCCGUCCUGGUGGCUGAUGGCGGCUCAUGGCUGACCUCUCCCAAUGAUGUCUCAACGCUGUUGGGAUAUUGGUCACCUGAGAAGAGAAGAGACAAGUGAACCAGAAGGAUCCAGCCUCAAUUUGAAGUAUU